AUAGAAGCCCCUGGUACCCCGGCAUGACGACCAAUCCACCUGAAGGUUACGCCUCCGAUGAUUUUCUAGAGCAAAUCCUUUCGAUUCCUUCAUACGCCGGACUCGCCGGAGCCGACGGCACUAACUCCUCCGAGACUACGUCGUUGAGCGAUGCUGUGUCCCACCUUGGUCCAGCCGCCGCUGCUGCCCCCCCCCACCCCCCGCCGAUGUUUCCUUUGAGCCUUAGCCUCGAUAACGGCCGGGACGCAGUAAACGACAACGGAGCUUAUGCAGUGAAGCCUGAGAGGGAAGCAGUUAACAAUAAUAUGGGCAGUUUAUAUCCAGCUUUUGACCAUUUACAGACUCAUGGACUACGCCAUCCUGCGCCUCAAGUUCAACAGGCCUUUCAAGGUCAGCCAACACCAAGCACAGCAGUAACUCUACCACAGCCACCUGGAAUUAGGCCAAGGGUUCGGGCAAGAAGAGGUCAAGCAACAGAUCCCCAUAGUAUUGCUGAGCGGUUGCGUAGAGAAAGGAUAUCAGAAAGAAUCAAGGCCUUGCAAGAACUCGUUCCCAGCUGCAACAAGACAGAUAGGGCUGCCAUGCUCGAUGAGAUAUUGGACUAUGUGAAGUUCUUAAGGCUUCAAGUCAAGGUUUUGAGCAUGAGUAGGCUAGGUGGGGCUGGUGCAGUGGCCCAACUUGUUGCUGACAUUCCCCUGCAAGCCGUGGAGGAUGAAACCGGCGAAAUAUCAAAUCAGCAUGUAUGGGAGAAGUGGUCGAACGAGGAAACAGAACGCGAGGUAGCUAAACUCAUGGAAGAAGAUGUGGGAGCUGCAAUGCAAUACCUCCAAUCCAAAUCACUUUGUAUCAUGCCUAUUUCACUUGCAUCACUCAUCUACCCUUCCAAUCAAUCUGAUGACUCUACCCUUGUCAAACCUGAACCACCUGCCCCCUCAUAAACUAAGGAGUCACUGCACGCGCCUACAAGAACUCCCUGUGGCCCUGAUCCCACGUGCCUAUUCGAAUAUGCAAUCUCUUUUCAUGCCCUUUUCCAUACCAUGGCAAUGCAAUACAAUCAGUGUCGGACGGAACAACUUUUCUUUUGUUCUUACUCGCCCCACCUUUUAUUUUCUAAAAAGUUGGCUAUUUCUCAAGCUAGAUGACGGAUGGUGUAGUGAGCCAAUGAGACGAAGGCACUUGUGUAUUGGGCUUGUUAUUUCUAAGUUAUCUCCAAUGCUGCUUUCCUCUUCUUUUGUGGGUGGGUUGGUGGGGUAUGGGGACUUGUCUUUUGCUUCAGUGGAUAUUGUAAAAGUCCUGAUAUGCGACAUGUGAGUAUAAAAUACUAGUAAAUGGGCCAAAUGGUUAUUGUAGCUCUGUCAUUGGGGGCUCGUGAUAUCAUCCUCCAUGAUUUUGUUUGUAAAUUAUGAUGUGUUUGGCCAAUUUGUAUUAUAAUCUGUGUUACCAGGUAGUGUAUAGAAUCCAAGGGCGAGCAGCCUGGCAACUGUUUGUGUUUCGUUUGUUUUA